GCUAAGCCACGCUGGGUCCUGGAGCAAGCUUCCCGCGGGGACCCUUUAAAGGCCCGGCCUGGCAGGGGGCGUGGAGGAGUGUCCUCUUUCUGUCCCAGCCAGGGCCGGCUGCUGAACCAAGCCAGGGAGGGCUGUCUCCUCCUCUUCCCGCAGCGGCCGAGCGCUCGGCAGUCGAGCCGGGGCAGGGGACUCUGCGGCAGCGAAUCCUUCGGCCCGCCCGGAGAGGACUCCGGGGCCCUCACGAUGCCACGCGCCGCCGGGGUCCUGCUGCUGCUGCUGCUCUCGGGGGCCCUCGAGGCCGCUCAGGGGCAGCGGUCCCUGCAGCAGAGGCAGCCCCAGGCGCACCAGCAAAGAGGUUUAUUCCCUGCUGUCCUGAAUCUUGCUUCCAACGCACUCAUUACGACCAACGCGACCUGUGGAGAACGAGGACCUGAAAUGUACUGCAAGCUGGUGGAGCACGUCCCCGGGCAGCCGGUGAGGAACCCCCAGUGUCGGAUCUGCAAUCAAAACAGCAGCAGUCCCAGCCAGAGACAUCCAAUUGCAAAUGCUAUCGAUGGAAAGAACACUUGGUGGCAGAGUCCCAGUAUAAAGAAUGGAAUUGAAUACCAUUAUGUGACAAUUACAUUGGAUUUACAGCAGGUCUUCCAGAUCGCCUAUGUGAUCGUGAAAGCGGCUAACUCCCCUCGGCCGGGAAACUGGAUUUUGGAGCGCUCGCUGGAUGACGUUGAGUACAAGCCCUGGCAGUAUCACGCUGUGACGGACACCGAGUGCCUGAGCCGCUACAACAUUUACCCCCGCACUGGCCCUCCAUCCUACGCCAAGGACGACGAGGUCAUCUGCACUUCCUUUUAUUCCAAGAUCCACCCGUUAGAAAACGGAGAGAUUCACAUUUCUUUGAUCAAUGGGAGACCGAGUGCUGACGACCCUUCUCCUGAAUUGCUGGAGUUCACCUCUGCCCGGUACAUUCGUCUGAGACUUCAGAGGAUCCGCACCUUGAAUGCUGACCUGAUGAUGUUUGCUCACAAAGAUCCAAGAGAAAUUGACCCCAUUGUCACAAGAAGAUAUUACUACUCUGUCAAGGAUAUUUCGGUUGGAGGGAUGUGCAUCUGCUAUGGUCAUGCCAGGGCUUGUCCGCUUGAUCCAGCCACAAAUAAAUCGCGCUGUGAGUGUGAACAUAACACGUGCGGUGACACCUGUGACCAGUGCUGCCCAGGGUUCCAUCAGACACCAUGGAGAGCUGGGACCGUCCUGACAAGAACGGAAUGCGAAGCAUGUAAUUGCCAUGGAAAAGCUGAGGAAUGCUAUUAUGAUGAAAAUGUUGCCAGAAGAAAUCUGAGCUUGAAUAUACAUGGAAAGUACAUCGGAGGGGGUGUGUGUAUUAACUGCUCUCAGAACACUGCUGGGAUCAAUUGUGAGACUUGUGUUGACGGCUUCUUCAGACCCAAAGGGGUAUCACCAAAUUAUCCAAGACCAUGCCAGCCUUGUCACUGCGAUCCACUUGGUUCCUUAAGUGAAAUCUGUGUCAAGGAUGAGAAAUACGCUCGCCGAGGUUCGGCCCCUGGAUCCUGUCAUUGCAAAGGAGGCUUUGGAGGGGUGAGCUGCAAUCGCUGUGCUAGGGGUUACGCCGGCUACCCCGACUGCCAGCCCUGUAACUGCAGUGGCUCAGGGAGCACAAAUGAGGACCCUUGUUUUGGGCCGUGUAUCUGCAAGGAGAACGUUGAAGGAGGGGACUGCAGUCGAUGCAAAUCCGGCUUCUUCAAUUUGCAAGAGGAUAAUCCAGAAGGCUGUGAUGACUGUUUCUGUUCAGGGGUUUCAAGCAGAUGUCAGAGUGCCUACUGGACCUAUGGCGAUAUACAAGACAUGAGUGGCUGGUAUUUGACUGACAUCUCUGGCCGAGUCCGAGUGGCACCCCACCAGGACAGCUCUGGGUCACCUCAGCAGAUCAGCAUCAGCCACGCAGAGGCCCGGCAAGCCUUGCCAGACAGCUACUACUGGAGCAUGCCAGCCCCAUACCUGGGAAACAAACUCUCUGCAGUAGGAGGACAAUUGACAUUUACCAUCUCCUAUGACCUCGAAGAGGAGGAGCAAGAUACAGAAAAUGUUCUCCAGCUGAUGAUUAUCUUAGAGGGAAAUGACUUGAGAAUCAGCACGGCCCAAGAGGAGGUGUAUCUACAGCCAUCUGAAGAAUAUAUUAAUGUCUUGUUGCUUAAAGAAGACGCAUUUACUAUACAUGGCACAAAUUUCCCAGUCAGUAGAAAAGAUUUUAUGACAGUGCUUGCGAAUCUGAAGAGAGUCCUCAUACAAAUCACUUACAGCUUUGGGAUGGAUGCCAUCUUCAGGUUGAGCGAUGUUGGCCUUGAGUCCGCUGUCCCCUAUCCGACCGAUGGAAGUGUGGCCACUGCGGUGGAAGUUUGCCAGUGUCCACCAGGGUACAGUGGCUCCUCCUGUGAAUCGUGUUGGCCUGGGCAUAGAAGAGUUAACGGCACAAUUUUUGGUGGCAUCUGUGAACCAUGUCAAUGCUUUGGCCAUGCGGACUCCUGCGAUGACUUCACCGGAGAAUGUCUGAACUGCAAGGGUCACACAGGUGGGCCCUACUGCAAUCUGUGUCUUCCUGGUUUCUAUGGUGAUCCUACCCAAGGGACCUCUGAAGACUGCCAGCCCUGUGCCUGUCCACUCAAUGCCCCAUCCAAUAACUUUAGCCCGAUCUGCCACUUAGACCGGAGUCUUGGGCUGAUCUGUGACGAAUGCCCGGUUGGGUACACAGGACCACGCUGUGAGAGGUGUACAGAAGGCUAUUUUGGACACCCUGCUGUACCUGGAGGAUCAUGUCAGCCCUGUCAGUGCAAUGACAACCUUGACUUCUCCAUCCCCGGCAGCUGUAACAGCCUAUCUGGCUCCUGUCUGAUAUGUAAGCCAGGUACAACAGGCCGGUACUGUGAGCUCUGUGCGGAUGGCUAUUUCGGAGAUGCAGUUGAUGCCAAGAACUGUCAGCCCUGUCGCUGUGACGCCAAUGGCUCCUCCUCGGAGAUCUGCCACCGUCGCACUGGACAGUGUGAAUGCAGACCCAACGUGCAGGGCCAGAGGUGUGACCGGUGCAAGCCUGAAACCUUUGGCUUACAAUCAGCCAGGGGCUGUGUUCCCUGCAACUGCAACUCUUUUGGGUCCAAAUCAUUCGACUGUGAAGAGAGUGGACAAUGUUGGUGUCAGCCUGGCGUCACAGGGAAGAAAUGUGACCGUUGUGCCCAGGGCUACUUCAACUUCCAGGAAGGAGGCUGCACAGCUUGUGACUGUUCCCAUCUGGGUAAUAACUGUGAACCCCAAACUGGUCAGUGUAUCUGUCCCCCCAACACCAUCGGAGAGAGGUGCUCUUUGUGUGCACCCAACACCUGGGGCCACAGCAUUGUCACUGGUUGUAAGGCUUGUAACUGCAGCACAGUGGGGUCGUUGGAUUUGCAAUGCAACAUAAACACAGGCCAGUGUGACUGCCGUCCAAAGUUCUCUGGGGCAAAAUGUACCGUGUGCAAACAAGGUCACUGGAAUUAUCCUCACUGCGUUCUCUGUGACUGCUUCCUGCCGGGUACAGAGGCUGCGACCUGUGACCCAGAGACUGAAAUAUGCUCCUGUAGCGAUCAAACUGGGCAGUGCAUGUGCAAGGUGAACGUGGAAGGCAUCCACUGCAACAGGUGCCAGUCAGACAAAUUCGGUCUUGAUGCUAAGAACCCACAUGGCUGCAGCAGCUGCUAUUGCUUCGGUGCUACCAGUCAGUGCUCGGAAGCCAACGGACUCAUCCAUAGGCGGGUGACUCUGGAGGCAGAGCAGACCACUCUGCCCCUGGUGGACGAGGCACUGCAGCACACAACGACCAAAGGCAUCGCUUCCCAGCCCCCCGAGAUUGUGGCAGACAUGAAGCUGGUGAGACAGGAUCUCCAGUUGGAGCCUUUUUACUGGAAACUCCCAGAACAGUUUGAAGGAAGGAAGCUGAUGGCCUAUGGGGGCAAACUCAAGUAUGCAAUCUAUUUUGAAGCUCGGGAAGAGACAGGCUUCUCAACAUAUAAACCUCAAGUCAUCAUUCGCGGAGGGACUCCUACUCGUGCUAGAAUCAUCGUCAGGCAUAUGGCUGCGCCUCUCAAUGGCCAACUGACAAGGCAUGAAAUUGAAAUGACAGAGAAAGAAUGGAAAUAUUAUGGUGAUGAUCCUCGAAUCAGUAGAACUGUGAGCCGUGAAGACUUCAUGGAUACACUAUAUGAUAUCCACUAUAUUCUCAUCAAGGCUACCUAUGGAAAUAUUAUGCGACAAAGCAGGGUUUCUGAAAUCUCAAUGGAGGUGGCCCAGCCAGGACCCACGACAGCAGUGACUCCUCCCGCUCACCUGAUAGAAAAGUGUGCCUGUCCCUCCGGCUACUCUGGCUUGUCCUGUGAGACCUGCUCCCCAGGAUUUUACCGCCUGCGUCCUGAAGCAGCUGGCCGCACCCCGGGACCCGCCCUGGGCGCCUGUGUUCCCUGCCAGUGCCACGGACACAGCGACCGCUGUGACCCUGAGACUGCCCUGUGCCAGGAUUGUCAGCAUCACACUGCUGGUGAUUUUUGUGAGCGAUGUGCACUGGGAUACUAUGGAAUUGUCAAGGGAUUGCCAAAUGACUGUCAGCAAUGUGCUUGCCCUCUGAUUUCUUCCAGGAACAACUUCAGUCCUUCUUGUGUUGUGGAAGGCCUGGAUAACUACCGCUGCACUGCGUGUCCACGUGGCUAUGAAGGCCAGUACUGCGAAAGGUGUGCCCCUGGCUACACGGGCAGCCCAAGCAGCCCGGGAGGCUCCUGCCAAGAAUGUGAGUGUGACCCCUACGGCUCGCUGCCUGUCCCCUGCGACUCUGUCACAGGCCUCUGCAUGUGCCGCCCGGGAGCCACAGGGCACAAGUGUGAUGGCUGCGAACCCGGCCAUGCACGCGAGGGCACGGCGUGUGUCUUUUGUGGAGACGAAUGUACCGGCCUUCUCCUCGGUGACCUUGCACGCCUGGAGCAGAUGGCCAUGAGAAUCAACCUCACUGGCCCACUGCCUGCACCAUACAAAAUCCUGUAUGGUCUGGAAAAUAUGACUCAGGAGCUAAAGCACCUGCUCUCCCCUCAGCGGGCCCCAGCGAAGCUCAUUCAGCUGGGAGAGGACAAUCUGAACACGCUGGUGACAGAAGUGAAUGAGCUUCUGGCCCGGGCUACCAAAGUGACAGCAGAUGGCAAGCAAACGGGACAGGAUGCUGAAAGGACGAACACAAGAGCAAAGUCCUUAGGAGAAUUCGUUAAGGAGCUUGCCCGGGAUGCAGAAGGUGUAAAUGAAAAAGCUGUAAAAUUAAAUGAAACUCUAGGAACUCAAGACAAGGCCUUUGAGAGAAAUCUGCAAGAGCUUCAGAAAGAGAUUGAUCAGAUGAUAAAUGAACUGAGAAGGAAAAAUCUAAAUGCACAAAAGGAAGCUGCAGAAGAUGAGUUAGUAGCUUCGGAGGGCCUGCUGAUGAAAGUUAACAAGCUGUUUGGAGAGUCCAGGGGCAAAAAUGAAAGAAUGGAAAAAGAUCUCCGGGAGAAGCUGGCUGACUACAACAACAAACUUGAUGACGCUUGGGACCUGUUGAGAGAAGCCACAGAUAAAAUCCGAGAAGCAAAUCGCUUAUCUGCGGCCAAUCAAAACAACAUGACUGCUCUGGAGAAAAAGAAGGAGGCUGUUGAAAGUGGCAAACGACAAAUUGAAAACACUUUAAAAGAGGGUAAUGACAUACUUGGUGAAGCCAACCGACUUGCAGAUGAAAUCAACUCAGUCAUAGAGUAUGUUGAAGACAUUCAGACUAAAUUGCCUGCGAUGUCAGAGGAGCUGAAGGACAAAACAGAUGAGCUCUCCCAAAAAAUCAAGGGCAGGAAGCUCGCUGAGAAGGUUUCCCGAGCUGAGAGCCAUGCAGCACAGCUGAAUGACUCCUCUGCUGUCCUUGACGGAAUCCUUGAUGAGGCUAAGAACAUCUCCUUCAAUGCCACUGCAGCCUUCAAUGCUUACAGCAAUAUUAAGGACAACAUUGAUGAAGCUGAGAAAGUUGCCACAGAAGCCAGAGGUCUUGCCCUUGAAGCUACAAAACUGGCAACGAGUCCUCGGGGUGUGUUAAAGGAAGAUGCCAAACGCUCUCUACAAAAAAGCUUCCGGAUUCUUAAUGAGGUCAAGAAGUUAGCAAAUGAUGUAAAUGAAAAUGAUGAGCAUUUACACGGCUUGACAACCCGGUUAGAAAAUGCCGAGGCUAGAAAUAGUGACCUCCUGCGAGCUUUGAACGACACCGUAGGAAAGUUAUCAGCUAUUCCAAAUGACACAGCCGCUAAACUGCUAGCUGUUAAGGACAAAGCCAGACAAGCCAACGACACAGCUAAAGAUGUGCUGGCCCAGAUUAAAGACCUCCACCAGAAUCUUGAUGGCCUGAAGAAAAAUUACAAUAGACUGGCAGGCAGUGUGGCCGAAACGAAUGCCAUAGUAAAAGAUCCUUCCAAGAACAAAAUCAUUACAGAUGCAGAUGCCGCAGUGAAGAAUCUAGAACAGGAAGCUGAUCGACUCCUAGAUAAACUCAAACCCAUCAAGGAACUUGAGGAUAACCUAAAGAAAAACAUCUCUGAGAUAAAAGAACUGAUAAACCAAGCUCGGAAGCAAGCCAAUUCUAUCAAAGUAUCUGUCUCUUCGGGAGGUGACUGCAUUCGAACAUACAAGCCAGAAAUCAAGAAAGGAAGCUACAACAAUAUUAUUAUCCAUGUCAAGACAGCUGUUGCUGACAACCUCCUUUUUUAUCUCGGGAGUGCCAAAUUUAUUGACUUUCUGGCUAUAGAAAUGCGAAGAGGCAAAGUCAGCUUCCUGUGGGAUGUUGGCUCUGGAGUCGGGCGUGUGGAGUACCCAGAUAUGACUAUUGAUGAUGCCUCCUGGUACCGCAUUGAAGCAUCAAGAACGGGGAGAAAUGGAUCCAUUUCUGUGAGAGCCCUGGAUGGAUCCAAAGCCAGUAUUAUGCCCAGAACCUACUCCGCGGCAUCACCUCCGGGCUACACCAUUCUAGACGUGGAUGCAAACGCGAUGCUGUUUGUCGGAGGCCUGACUGGAAAGUUAAAGAAGGCUGAUGCUGUACGUGUGAUUACAUUCACUGGCUGUAUGGGAGAAACAUACUUUGACAGCAAACCUAUAGGUUUAUGGAAUUUCCGAGAAAUAGAAGGUGACUGCAAAGGAUGCACUGUCAGUCCUCAGGUGGAAGACAGUGAAGGUACUAUCCAGUUUGAUGGAGAAGGCUAUGCCUUGGUCAGCCGCCCUAUUCGCUGGCACCCCAAUAUCUCCACUGUCAUGUUCAAGUUCCGGACAUUUUCAUCAAGCGCUCUCCUGAUGUACCUUGCCACACGAGACCUGAAAGAUUUCAUGAGUGUAGAGCUGGCUGAUGGCCACAUAAAAGUCAGCUAUGAUCUGGGUUCAGGAAUGGCUUCCGUUGUCAGCAAUCAAAAUCAUAAUGAUGGGAAAUGGAAAUCAUUCACCCUGUCAAGAAUUCAAAAACAAGCCAAUAUAUCAAUCAUAGAUAUUGAUACUAACCAGGAGGAGAAUAUAGCAACUUCAUCUUCUGGAAACAACUUUGGCCUUGAUUUGAAAGCUGAUGACAAAAUAUAUUUUGGUGGCCUGCCAACCCUGAGAAACUUGAGUAUGAAAGCAAGGCCAGAAGUAAAUGUGAGGAAAUAUUCUGGCUGCCUCAGAGAUAUUGAAAUUUCGAGAACUCCAUACAAUAUCCUCAGCAGCCCUGACUACGUUGGUGUUACCAAAGGAUGCUCACUUGAGAACGUGUACACCGUGAGCUUUCCCAAGCCAGGUUUUGUGGAGCUGGCCCCAGUGCCCAUUGGUGUAGGAACUGAAAUCAAUCUGUCCUUCAGCACCAAGAAAGAAUCAGGGAUCAUCCUCCUGGGAAGUACAGGGUCCCCAGUACCACCUAGGAGGAAACGGAGGCAGACUGGACAGGCCUACUAUGCCAUCCUUCUCAACAAAGGCCGCCUGGAGGUGCAUCUCUCCACUGGGACCCGGACAAUGAGGAAAACUGUCAUCAGACCGGAGCCAAGUCUGUUUCAUGACGGGAGAGAACAUUCUGUUCAUGUGGAGAGAACACAGGGCAUCUUCACUGUUCAAGUUGAUGAAAACCGAAGACAUAUGCAAAAUCUAACAGUUGAACAGCCCAUUGAAGUCAAAAAGCUUUUCGUGGGGGGUGCUCCACCUGAAUUUCAACCUUCCUCGCUCCAAAAUAUCCCUCCUUUUGAAGGCUGUGUAUGGAAUCUUGUUAUUAACUCUGUCCCCAUGGACUUUGCACAGCCUGUAUCCUUCAAAAAUGCGGACAUUGGUCGCUGUACCCAUCAGAAACCUGGGGAGGAUGAAGAAGGAGCCAUUCCAGCUGAAAUCAUUAUCCCACCUGAGCCAGUGGCCACCCCGCCGCUCCCUACACCCACCCCUGAGCUGGCGCACGGUCCUUGUGCUGCGGAAUCAGAACCAGGUCUUUUAAUGGGGAGCAAGCAGUUUGGGCUUUCAAGAAACAGUCACGUUGCAAUUGCAUUCGAUGACACCAAAGUUAAAAACCACCUCACAAUUGAGUUGGAAGUGCGAACUGAAGCAGAAUCAGGCUUGCUUUUUUACAUGGCCCGCAUCAAUCACGCUGAUUUUGCUACCGUUCAGCUGAGAAAUGGACUGCCUUACUUCCGUUAUGACCUGGGGAGUGGGGACACCAGUACUAUGAUCCCCACCAAAAUCAACGAUGGCCAGUGGCACAAGAUUAAGAUUAUGAGAAAUAAGCAAGAAGGAAUUCUUUAUGUAGAUGAUGCCUCCAACAGAACCACCAGUCCCAAGAAAGCAGACAUCCUGGAUGUUGUGGGAAUGCUGUUCGUUGGUGGGUUACCUGUCAACUACACCACUCGAAGAAUUGGUCCAGUGACCUACAGCAUUGAAGGCUGCAUCAGGAAUCUGCACAUGGAAGAGGCCCCUGUGAAUAUCGAACAGCCAACCUCCAGCUUCCAUGUUGGGACAUGCUUCCUGAAUUCUCAGAGAGGAACCUACUUUGAUGGAACAGGUUUUGCCAAAGCAGUUGGUGGAUUCAAAGUAGGAUUGGACCUUCUGGUUGAAUUUGAAUUCCGUACCACUAGAACCACAGGGGUCCUUCUGGGAAUCAGCAGUCAGAAAAUGGACGGGAUGGGCAUCGAGAUGAUCGAUGGGCAGCUUAUGUUUCACGUGGAUAAUGGUGCUGGUCGUUUCACUGCCAUCUACAAUGCUGGGAUCCCGGGGCAUUUGUGUGAUGGACAGUGGCAUAAAGUUACUGCCAACAAGAUCAAACACCGCCUCGAGCUCACAGUGGAUGGGAACCAGGUGGAGGCGCAGAGCCCCAGCCCGGCAUCCACGUCAGCUGACACCAAUGACCCUGUGUUUGUGGGUGGUUUCCCAGAUGGCCUCAACCAGUUUGGCCUGACCACCAGCAUUGGAUUCCGAGGCUGUAUCCGCUCCUUGAGGCUCACGAAAGGAACAGGCAAGCCCCUGGAGAUUAACUUCAGCAAGGCCCUGGAACUGAAGGGUGUCCAACCUGUAUCAUGCCCAGGCAACUAAAUCAGCUGAACCCCAAAAGGGUCCAUGCAAACAAGUAUAUCAUAUAGAACAAAUACAUUUUGCCUAUGUGUAUUAAUAAACCUAAUUUGCACAUGUAUAUGGUACUCUCUAUAUUCAGGUGGGGCUAAUUCAGAUCCCAGUUGAAUUCUAAUUCAACUUCUCUCUCAAGUUUAUGAGUAUUAAACCAAUUAUUUCAUUUCAACAA